AUGAUCAGCACGAUCAGCGGAUGCCUCACUCUGGCGAGACCCUCUAACCGGUCAAUGAAGCAAUAUGAGUGUGCCGCUCACUACCCACAAGUCUUCGGCAUAGAAGGCGAUCGGUACCGCAAGGUCCUGAAGGUGGGAUGGGAGCCCAUCACAUUUUGCGAAGAAGAGGAAGAAGGGAUCAUUUACCCCCACGAUGACCCAAUGAUCAUUCGGGCCGAGAUUGCCGACUACGAUGUAGGUCGGGUGCUGAUUGACACCGGGAGUUCGGUAAAUGUGAUUUUUGCCGAUGCCUUUAAAGGACUGGGAAUUGCCGACAGUAUGGUCAAUCGGUAG